UUGGUAGAUAAUUCUUCAUGUACAUAAAUGUAAUUUACACUGACGUAAUAUGUUAGACUGUUUAUUUUCAGUAAUUAUUGGACACCACAUUUACACGAGCUGAACCAGUUCGGUCUGAGGAUACAGUGUAAAGUACUCGUAACGGCAAUGACCCGGGGUUUCCCGGUAUCUUGCUUAGAUAUACAUCGACACUUCUCACUUCUGCAUCAUUCGAGCUGCUAAUUCGUCAGGAGCUACAGCACACUUGUGAAUUUUCUGGCCCACGUGCGCUGACAUGGCAAUAUCAACUACUGUUCUACUAGGUCUGCUAGUAGUAAUUCCGUCAGUGCUGACGGACUGUAGACCUGGCCCUCCUCCAAAUUGUUACGACUGGCACCUCGGUAUAAAUAGAGUGAACCCUAGAGGUGCCGUAGUUUACGGCCACGCCAACGUCCCCAUCCAUCAAGGUUCAUCCAGCAGCUCUCAUGGCCAACUCCACGGCUCCAGAGUGUUCGGAGGACCGUACAGUGGAGCGCAGACUGUCGGCGGCAACCUCAACUACCAGCACAACAACGGUGUACAUGGCAGUGUGGGGGCGACACACACGAGAGGGGUGGGCAACUCCUUCAGCGCCUCCGCCGGUGGCAGUGGAAAACUGGGGCCGGGCACUCUGUCUGUAGGGGGCGGCGCUAGCACCAUUCCUGGCUCUAGUAGAGUACAGGGCCAAGUGGGAGCUACCUACUCUGUGCCUCUGCCUUGAGAUAGAACGAUGAAUAUUGUUACGUUUUUAAAAGUUCCUUUGACCAUUUUGUAUAUAUCACUUGCAUUGUACAUAAAAUAGAUAAAUAAAAUACAUUUUUUAGUUAAUAUUAGUACAUAUUUCUAAUGAAUUUAGCACGUAAACAUUAUAUUCAUAUUUUACAGUUUUUAAAUUAAAGUAAUUAAUCAAUCAAUUAAAUGUAAUUGAUCGAGAAUUAGUAUAAUUGUAUUUUGAACAGAAUAUAACAUUUUUACUAUCAAUA